UCUGCUGGUGGUGGCCGCAUCGGUGUCUGGUAGAGGAGUGGGAGUUGGUGGCUGCGGCCUUUGGGCUGGGAUGAACCGUGCUCUCGGUGGAGGCUGGGGAGCCGAGCCAGAGCCAUGGCCAGUACAGUGGUAGCAGUUGGACUGACCAUUGCUGCUGCAGGAUCUGCAGGCCGUUAUGUUUUGCAAGCCAUGAAACAUAUGGAGCUGCAAGUAAAACAAGUUUUUCAGAGUCUACCAAAAUCUGCCUUCAGUGGUGGCUGUUAUAGAGGUGGGUUUGAACCCAAAAUGACAAAACGAGAAGCAGCAUUAAUACUAGGCAUAAGCCCUACUGCCAAUAAAGGAAAAAUAAGAGAUGCUCAUCGACGAAUUAUGCUUUUAAACCACCCAGACAAGGGAGGAUCUCCUUAUAUAGCAGCCAAAAUCAAUGAAGCUAAAGAUUUACUAGAAGGUCAAGCUAAAAAAUGAAGUAAAUGUGUGAUGAAUUUUAAGUUCUUGUUAGUUUAUGUAUACAAGUGCUAGCUUUUUAUAAUAAAAUGCCUCAAAGCUACAAAUUUUAAGAACGAUUUGGCACAAACUAAACCAAAGCUUUGGUAGAAGUUUCUUUGAAUGUGAGGAUUUUAAAUGAGAUUAUAGAAUAUUUGGAGAUUUAACAUUCAGUAAUUAUAGAUACCACUUGAAUAGAAAUUAGACCGUCUCUGGCUUUGAAGGAGCCCCCAAUCUAAUGGGAUAGUGAAAAAUUGGUAAUUAAAAUACAAUGUGAUAUUAGGAUGAAAUUUGCAUAGGUUGUUAUAGGAGGGAUUCAUCCUAUUGG